AUUUCCCCGAAGUGUCACGCCAUGUCACGCUCUUCCCAGUCCCUAAACAACGAGUUCCAGGAACUUGUUUUACUGGAAGAAAGACUUUGAGCCGAUGGAUUCUUGAAAGACAGCCAUGGAUGUCGAUAAAUAUGGCAAACCUCUGUCUAACGGAGAAAAAGGAGACGRCUUGAGCGACGAACAAGUAAAGCGAAGUGUUAUAAUCUCGAAUAUACCGAGAGGAGCCAAACGUGAUGAUCUUUUGAUUCAUUUCCAAAAGACAGCAAAUGGAGGGGGAGAAAUUGAAGACUUGAAGAUGYUAAACGAUGGUAAAGCUGUUCUAAUCUACGAAGAGGCAAAGGUUGCAGAAAGUGUGCUGGAAAAAGAGCAGAAGUUUGGAGAUCUUGUGCUUCAGUUGCAACCCUACAUAAAGGAAGAAAUAGUCUCAGAUAAGAAGGAUGUGUUUAGCCUGGUCAGUGCUAAAAUAAAUCCCAAGGUUUUCAAUAUGUCAUCAGAAGAAAUUGAGCAAGUCCUUUCAAAGAUUGCACGAGAGACUAAGAUAAACUACAUCGAACUGUCUGAUGGAUUCUGGGUAUCUGGCACUUACAAGCAGAUCAAUGUCACCUGUUUAAAGCUCUCAGCUUGCGUAACACAUGAAGGAGCCCGCAUUAACGAUGUCAGCAGCAAUAGUCAUGACGUAAGACAGCUAGAUCGUGAGCCUGUUGUUUUGGAUGUCCAACCAAAGCUGAUGCAUAUUCUAAGUAAUCAUAUUAAAAAGUUAAAACAAAGACACAAAAUGAAGAUAGAACAAAAAGAGGAUAAAGUAAUGCUGAGUCCACUAGAUAACGACUGGCAGUCAUUCGAGACCGGCAAAGAGGAGUUCAUUACUCUUUAUCAGAAAGCCUUCCAAGAAAUGGACGAAAAAAGUUUUGAACUGAAGGAAGAUGCUACUAACAUAAAGCAACUAGGCAAAGAGAUCAUGAACGAAUUGAAUGUCGUUAUUGAAUUCAGAAACAAGACAGUGUGUAUUUACGGCAAGAAUGAACAUGUUGUGCAAGCAAUGCAGCGAUUACAGGGAAAACCAAGGCGGUCUAGAAGAGCUUGCAAACCUGCUAGUGAUGAAUUACCUAAGCCAGAUACAUUUGCUCCGUUACCACAGGUGCUUUCACAUCAACUUGAAAAUGGCGUUACAGUAACGGUCUCUCAAGGAGAUAUCACGCAACAAGAGGCCGACGUCAUCGUUAAUGCAGCCAAUGAGCGUCUUGAACACGGAGGGGGCGUGGCAGGUGCCAUUGUUAAGCAUGGUGGGUCCAUCGUCCUUCCUGCUAUAAGCUCUGGAAUAUUUGGAGUACCUAAAGAGAUUUGUGCAGAAGUCUUAUUUUUGGCAGCAGAGAUGUUUAGCUGUGAAGCCACCUCCCAAAAUCAGCUAAGAGAUAUUCGUUUUGUCAACAUCGACUCCCCAACCAAUGAUGCGUUCAGACAAGAAUUCCAUAAAAGAUAUGUGAAAAAGCAGGCCAUUGAUAAUGGAGAACUUACAGCAAAUGUUACCACUCCAGCAUCUUUAUCCUAUCCUCCUGGUGAUAGCGGAAAGCCGUUUUCGACGAGGGAUGAAGAAAAGAAAGAAAAUCGAGCUUCAUCAAAAGGUGCAUCACGAGGAAAUAACAAACCGAAUCCAGGAAGCUGUGCAGCCCAUGCUGCAAUGAAAAGAGCGGAACAAUUCAAAGAUGUUGAGAAUGAAACACUGCCCCAAAAUGAAUUUAAGGAUUCUGCAUCAGGUUCGUCAUUCGAAAGUGGAUUUCAGACCCGUCAAACAACGACACACAGAGAAGAUAAGAAUGAUAUUGACAAAAGAGAGAGGGGGACUUUAGUACAAGAACUAAAAGACCACGUAAAGAAGAAAUCUUCUUUAGAUGGAAAGGUCGGAACAGAAAGCAAAUUUCCAGAUGGUCACAAAUCUUCAGUUACCAAUAUCGCAUCUCAAGGAGGAAGACCAUCAAAAAAUCGGGAGAAGAGCACAUCUGAAAUAAAAACAGGUAGAGGACGUGGAGCUAUAGCUCCGAAGUUCAAUAGCCCUGGCCAUGCUAAAAGAGUCCUUCCCUCGAGAGAACAGACCGGCGUCUCUGCUACAGAAAAGGGCAAAUCAUCAACAAAUUUAGAUGAUUCAACGGAGAAAGCUUUAUUAAAUUUAUCAUUACAUCAAAACACCAACAAUGGUCAAGAUUCACCAACAGAAAAAGCUCAGCGCCCUUCUUUUCUUCAAGAAGAAGACGAAGGUCAUCAUCAACAUGGGAAGAAUGAGAAACAUCUUUCUGAUAACCAAACCGAAUCUCUGAAUCCAGGUACUUGCCCACCUGGUCUUGAUAUAACACCAGAAGGACUAAAUCUUGCCGCUGAGUCAUUUGCAGGCAACGACAGCUCAGCAUCUUUAUCACAACCAGCUGACUGUCAAGACAAGAACAUGAAUGAACAUUGUAUGAAGCGUAAAAAUCCAGAAGAUCCUUCAGAAAGGUCUCCAAAGUUGAGAAAGGAAGACCAACAGGAAAGUGGAGGAUUACCAGAUAAAAAGGAACAACCUAAAGAAGAUGAUAAAGGCCUUAAAAAGAGCAGUGAUGAUGACAGCAUCAAGAAAGAAGAUGAGAAAGACCGAAAACAGAGUGGUGGUGAUAAUAGAACGAAGCACGAUGAUAAAAAAGAACAGGAACAGAGCACUGGCGAUGACAACACAAGGAAAGAUCAUAAGAAACACCAAGAACAGCUUGGUGAUGCCGUCGAGAAGCAAAAGGAUGAGAAAGACCAGCAACAGAGCGUUAGUGGUGAAAACACCAAGCAAGGCGAUAAGAAAGACCAAGAACAAAGUAGUGGUGGUAACAAGACCCAGCAAGACCAUGAGAAUGACCAGGAACAGAGUUUUGGUGAUGACAGAACCAAGCAUCGAGACUAUAAAAAAGACCAGAAACAGAGCGUUUGUGAUGACAACUCCAAGCAAGAAGAUGAGAAAGACCAGAAACAGAGUUCGGAUGAUGACAACACCAUGCAAGGUGACAAGAAAGAACAGGAACAGAGCGGUGGUGAUGACAACACCAAGCAAAACGAUGAGAAAGACCAGAAACAGAGAGUGGAUAAUGACAACACCAAGCAAGGUGACAAGAAAGAACAGGAACAGAGCGGUGAUGAUGACAACACCAUGCAAGGUGACAAGAAAGAACAGGAACAGAGCGGUGGUGAUGACAACACCAAGCAAAACGAUGAGAAAGACCAGAAACAGAGAGUGGAUAAUGACAACACCAAGCAAGGUGACAAGAAAGAACAGGAACAGAGCGGUGAUGAUGACAACACCAUGCAAGGUGACAAGAAAGAACAGGAACAGAGCGGUGGUGAUGACAACACCAAGCAAAACGAUGAGAAAGACCAGAAACAGUCCAUCGUCCUUCCUGCUAUAAGCUCAGGAAUAUUUGGAGUACCUAAAGAGAUUUGUGCAGAAGUCUUAUUUUUGGCAGCAGAGAUGUUUAGCUGUGAAGCCACCUCCCAAAAUCAGCUAAGAGAUAUUCGUUUUGUUAACAUCGACACCCCAACCAAUGAUGCGUUCAGACGAGAAUUCCAUAAAAGAUAUGUGAAAAAGCAGCUUAUUGAUAAUAGAGAACGUACACCAAAUGUCAACACUCCAGCAUCUUUAUCCUAUCCUCCUGGUGAUAGCGGAAAGCCGUUUUUAACGAGGGAUGAAGGAAAGAAAGAAAAUAGAGUUUCAUCAAAAGGUGCAUCACGUGGAAGCAACAAACCGAAUCCAGCAAGCCAUACAGCCGCUGCUGCAAUGAAGAGAGCGGAGCAAGUCAAAGAUGUUGAGAAUGAAACGUUGUUACAAAAUGAAUUUAAGGAUUCUGCAUCAGGUUCGUCAUUCGAAAGUGGGUUUGAGAACCGUCAAACAACGACACACAGAGAAGAUAAGAAAGAUAUCGACAAAAAUGAGAGAAAGCAUUCGGCAAAAGAACCAAAAGACAACGAAAAGAAGAAAUCUCCUUCAGAUGGAAUGCAAAUCGAAAAAGGACCCAAUAAUGCAUCUCAAGGAGGAAGACCAUCAAAAAAUCAGGGAAAGAGCACAUCUGAAGUUAAAACUGCAGGUAGAGGACGUGGAGCUAUUGGCCAUGCCUCAAGCAACCUUAGUCUUGCUGUGAACUUCAGUAGCCCUGGCCAUGCUAAAAGAGUUCUUCCCUCGAGAGAACAGACCGGUGUCCCUUCUGAAAAGGGCAAAUCGUCACCAAAUUUAGAUGCCUCAACUGAGAAAGCUUCAUUAAAAUUAUCAUUAGAUCAAAGCAACAACUAUAAUCAUUCACAGCCAGAGAAAACUCAGCGCCCACCAGGUCUUGGUGUGACUACUGAAGGACUAAAUCUUGCAGCUAAGUGUGAAAUUGAAGGCAAUAAAAUCUCUUUAGCAGAACCAGAUGACCUGCACGAAAAGAACACGAAUGAACAUUGUAUGAAGCGUAAAAAUCUAGAAGAUCCUUCAGAAAGGUCUCCAAAGUUGAGAAAAGAAGAUCAACAGGAAACUGGAGGAUUGCCAGACAAAGGGGAACAAAGUAAAGAAGGUAAUAUAGGACAGGAACAGAGCAGUGCUGAUGAAAGUGUCAAGCAAGAAGAUAAUAAAAAACAGGAACAGAGCAGUGGCAGUGACAGCACCAAACCAGAAUAUAAGAAAGGCCAAAAACAGGGUGAUGAUGAUGAUAGAACCAAGCGGAAAGAUAGGAAAGAUCAGGAACAGAUGAUCACUGGUAACGGCAAACAAGAUGAUAAGAAACACCACGAACAGAGCAGUGAUGAUGAUGAUAGAAACAAGCAAGGUGAUAAGAGAGACCAGGAGCAGUGCAGUGGUGAUGACAACACCAAGCAAGACGAUAAGAAAGACCAGGAAGAGAGCGCUGGUGAUGACAACACUAAGCAAGACGAUAAGAAAGACCAGGAAGAAAGCGCUGGUGAUGACAACUCCAUGCACGACGAUAAGAAAGAUCAGAAAGAGAAAGCUGGUGAUGACAAAAUCAAGCAAGGUGAUAAGAAAGACCAGGAAGAGAGCGCUGGUGAUAAAAACACUAAGCAAGGUGACAAGAAAGACCAGGAACAGAGCGCUGGUGAUGACACCACCAAGAAAGAUGAUAAGAAAGACCAGGAACAGAGCGUGGGUGGUGACAACACCAAGCAAGCUGACAAGAAAGACCAGGAACAGAGCAGUGGUGAUAACAAGACCAAGCAAGACCAUGAGAAUGACCAGGAACAGAGUUUUGGUGAUGACAACACCAAGCAAGGUGACAAGAAAGACCAGAAACAGAACGUUUGUGAUGACAACACCAAUCAAGAAGAUGAGAAAGACCAGAAACAGAGCGUGGAUAAUGACAACACUAAGCAAGGUGACAAGCAAGACCAGGAACAGAGCGUGGGUGACGACAACACCAAGCAAGACGAUGAGCAAGACCAGGAAGAGCUCCAAAAUAAUGAAGACAGUGAAGAAGGCAACGAAAACUCAACAGAUCUGUAUAAUGAUCUCGAUCAAAUCAAUGAUUCAGCUAAUUGCACAUCGAUGGGGUCGUUUGUGGUUCUUAACAUAGAAGAUGAACAGCAGAUCAACAAGACAAAUUCAGUCGAUGAUAAAGCAGAUGAAAGUAGUUCAAGUGAGAGUAUUGUAUUAAUUGACGCACCAGAUGAAUGCCGACCAACAAAUGGCGAACUGCAGUCAGAUAAUUCAAGCCAUUCCAUCAGUGCUACCAAUACUAAGCAAAGUAAACAGGAAGGAGGAAUCAUUGGUGAUGGCAACAAAUCCAGUUCACGAGUAGUUGAAAAGCAAAAGAAUGACACAGAAUCUUUAUUGAAGACGUGUAAUGUCGAAAUGAGUGACGAAGACACUAACCAAAGCACAACUGAUAACUCUAGAGAAGUACAGAAAAAGGAAAAGAACCUUAGCGAAGAGCAAUUUCCCCCAGAAAAUGAGAAGCCAUCAGAGAAAAUUGUCUCAAAGAUUGAGUCGGACGACGUAGACAAUUUGGCAAAUAUGAUGCAGGGUUUGUCAACAUCAGACAACAAUUCAGCGACAAAAGAAACACCAGUCGACAAGAAUACGCCAGUACUACCAGAAGUGGGUGAAUGUGGUCUUUGCACGACAACAAUUACUAACGAUAACCCUAAAGUGAUCUUGUCUGGAUGUGGUCAUGUGAUCUGUGAACAAUGUACCGAGAAAUUUAACGAACAGAAGAGUUCUAUCUGUCCUAUUUGUGAAAAGAAAGCUGGUUGCAACGCCCUUCAGCCUCCAAAUGGGCAAAUAAAGCAUGGAAUAAUGGAUUCGAGUCCACUUCCUGGGUUUGAUGGAAGUAAAACAAUUUAUAUUGACUAUCUUUUUGAUGGUGGGAUACAGGGUUCCUGUCAUCMCAACCCAGGGMUUCCAUAUGAUUCUCUGGAGAGACGAACAUUUCUCCCUGAUACCGMAGAAGGUCAAGAGGUCCUGGAGCURCUGCAAGAAGCAUUCGAGGCAGGGUUGUUGUUUACAGUUGGUAGAUGCACGAUUAACUCAAAAGAAAAUCAAAUCAUUUUCAGCGAUGUGGUGGAUCAUAAGUUUAAUCUUAAGGGCACAACCACAUGUGGCUAUCCAGACCCUGAUUAUCUUGGAACAGCGAAGGAAAAAUUAGAACUUGCACUCAAAAAGAAGUCAUCACCAUCGCCUCCGCCAGAGGACGUAACCGUUAUAUGAUAGGCCUUCUUCAGGCUGAUGACGUUGUUUUUGUAGUGUUUUUGUCAUUGUUAUCCAGGGAACGCAGAGUACGUAAAGAUAUGGGGGACUGAGAUAUUAAUUUUGCGGGAAGUGGGGAAUUAUGGAAACAAGAGUGAGGGAGUAUAGUCCUCCAUUCCCGGAUCCGCGUCUCCCUUUAUCGUCCUCGAGAUAUUGAAAACAAAGCAAAAACACUAUGAAAUUAAGGUUUCACCAAACUCGCUGACCAGUUAUGUCAAGCAAGGAAAACUAUAUAUCAUAAUAUGAAGCUAAUCAGAAGGUUUCAUUAGAGCCAUAUAACGUAGCCGGCAGAAUAGAGUAGUAAUUGGAAUAUGUUCACUUGUACAGGUAAAAAGAUGUUUAACAAUUUCAAUAUAUAAAGGAAUAAGAGGCAUAUCGACCCUCGGAAACGUGGACGCCAUGUUGAUAGAUUUUCUUGUAUAGCUUGUUUCAUAAACACUAAUCUUAAUGAAAUGCAUGCAAACGGCACCCAUAAUGAUUAUUAAUGAAUAAAAUUCUGCCAAAACUA